AUGGCUCACUCGUCAGACCCGUCCCGCAGGGAGAAGACCCCACAGGGGACGCAGGGGUCGCACACGGCUACACGCAACCUCUUACGGAAGAAGGAGCAGCGCCGGCGGGGAAUCCGAUCCUGCUCGCCGAUGGGCCGGGUCAUCCUCAUCAACUCGCCGGUGGAUGGUGGAGAUGACUGCGAGGACCUUCACACAAUCACGGUGGAUAAGAGCGUUGAUGGAAAGCUCGGCUUCAGCGUGCGCGGCGGCUCCGAGCACGGACUCAGCAUCUUCGUCAGUAAAGUGGAGGAUAACAGUACGGCAGAGGAGGCGGGUCUGUUCGUAGGAGAUAAGCUGGUGGAGGUGAACGGCAUCAGUCUGGAGAACAUCACUAUGAGCAGCGCUGUGAAGGUGCUGACGGGCAGCAACAGGCUGAGGAUGGUGGUGAGACGGGUGGGAAAAGUCCCCGGCAUCCGCUACUCCAAGGAGAAAACUACCUGGGUGGAUCUGAUUCACAGGCGUAUGGUUGUGGAGGAGAGCGGACGGACACCUUCAGACGCCAGCUCAGGAAGCGCUCUGCAGAGGAUCGUCCACCUCUACACAACCUCCGACGACUACUGCCUCGGCUUCAACAUCCGAGGGGGGAAGGAGUUCGGUCUGGGCAUCUACGUCUCCAAACUGGAUCCCGGCGGUCUGGCCGAGCAGAACGGGAUCAAGAUGGGAGAUCAGAUCCUGGCGGCCAACGGAGUGAACUUUGAGGACAUCAGUCAUAGUAGUGCUGUGGAGGUGCUGAAGAGCCACACACACAUCAUGCUGACCAUCAAGGAAGCAGGACGAUACCCUGCGUAUAAGGAGAUGGUGGCAGAAUACAGGUGGCUCAAUAAGUUGGCCAACGGCACUCAGAAAUCUUCCUCUCAGGGCUCAGACUCGAACUCCUCCGCCUCCUCUCUGUCGUCUGGGACUCCGGUCAGCUCUCUGAGCGGCUUGUCUCAGGUCAUGUUUCCCCCCUGUCUGCCGUUUGGCUCGGACAUGGUGGACGUCUGCAUCUCCACUGAGGACCAGAGGUCAGGGUCAUCCGAGCGCACCGAGACAGCCAUGCAGACGGACCUUCCUUCUCAGAGGACGAGUGCAGACACCACUCGCAGUCUGGGACGCACCACGCUGCUCAAAGACACGAUGAUCCGCGGAGAGGAGAGCAGAGGGAGGAAAGAGUCCACGAAGACGGCCGUGCUGCUGGCGCUCAGCAGACCCAGCCGACCAAUCAGCCGCUCACAGAGUCAAGUCACUGUGGCAGGUGAGAAGGAAGGGAGGAAGGAA